AUGGCGCCGAGGGAAACGAGGAGGUCGAGGGUUCGAUCGACAAAGACGUUCAUAGGGAUGAACAGGUCAGUGGCGGAUAUGACAGUCGAGACGUUUUCCGAUCGCAUGAGCCAGGAAAAGGCGCGGUCGCUCGAGGUCGGAGGUCAUGUUGCGGCCAGGGCGGUAGGGAACAGAGGUCCGGUUCGGCACGGAGGUGGUGCGAGGCGUCACAAGGUCAGGCUCUGGCGAAGCAAGCAAACAGGGCCGAGGCGCCGUCGCACAACCGAUAAAGGCGACUCAAUGGACGGGACCAUGAAAGACAAGGUCGCAUUGAGUCGCGAGAUGCCCAUGUCGGCAGCGUCUAGGGACGGGCAAUCGGCGGGGUGCGGUGGUUGCGUUGCGGGAGGCUCAAGGGCGGACGACGGCAAAGUAUGCAAGCCUUACCUGGUCUAUUCAUGA